AUGUCUUUACUUGCUAGCAGGGCACAACUGAAUUAUCCUAGAUGUGUUUUUGUUUCAUCAAAUAAUGAAGUUUAUAUUGCUGAUGAAGGUAAUCAAAGAAUUAGAAAAGUAGUAGAGAAUGGAAAUAUUGUAACAAUUGCAGGAAAUGGAACUGCUGGAUUCAGUGGUGAUAAUGGCCCUGCAACAAGUGCACAACUGUAUAAUCCUUUUGGUAUUUUUGUUUCAUCAAAUAAUGAAGUUUAUAUUUCUGAUUCUGGAAAUAAUAGAAUUAGAAAAGUAUUAGAAAAUGGAAAUAUUAUAACAAUUGCUGGAAAUGGAACUGUUGGAUUCAGUGGUGAUAAUGGCCCUGCAACAAGUGCACAACUGUAUAAUCCUUUUGGUAUUUUUGUUUCAGCAAAUAAUGAGGUUUAUAUUUCUGAUUCUAACAAUAAUAUAAUUAGAAAAAUAUUAGAAAAUGGAAAUAUUGUAACAAUUGCUGGAAAUGGCACCAGGGGAUUCAGUGGUGAUUCACCAUUUGAUAUUAGAAUGUAUCCUCAUGUUGGAAAUAGUAGCCUGUAUUCCAAAAUAGAAUUUCAUAAUUUGAAAAAACAUUCAAGAGAUCAAUUAUUUGGAUUGCAAAUUUAUGGAUUCAUUCCACUUAUUGAAAAAACUUCACCAAAAUUUUGUAAUAUUUUGAAGAAUGAAAAGAUACUUUGUUUGAUGAGUUCAUCGCAACAAGAAAUUAUUCAAAAAUUAAUUGACUCUUUGAUGUAUGAUAAGAAUAAGGUAAAUUUUAGCAAAGAAGAAAUCUUGGAUGUUUUAUUCAUUUUGGGUUUAUUUAAGAAUGGUGAAUUUAUUGAUUUGAAAAGAUCAUUGACAAGUGAAUUUGAGAACUCACUCACAUUAGAAGGUCUUACUUUCAAAUGGGAAACAAUUGAAAAUUUACUCAAAGUUUGCAAGGAAGAAUUUAAUGUUCAAAAUUACAUUCUUGAUCAUUUGAAUAACUAUUGUAUUGAAUAUGCUGUUGUUCAAAUGAGGACCAAAGAAGGAAACACUUUAUUACGGACUCUUCCAAUAAUUAUGAGAAAUGGUGUUGCCCUAUUUUCAACAAUGAUUUUUACUCAACCAACUGCAAUUAAUGUUGAGGAAACAAUUGAAAAUGAACCACAAACAAUUGAAUCAUUAUAUAAUGACAUGAACACAAGUGAUGUGAAAAUCAAAAUGGGACAAAACAAAUACUUAUAUUGCCACAAAACUGUAUUGAGUUCAUCAAGUACAUUCUUUAAUGCAUUAUUUGAAAGUGGAUCUUGUUUCAGUGAUUUGAGUGAUGAUGGAGAAUUCACACCUGACUAA